ACAGCGAUGGAGGCCGUGCUGCAGGAGAAAAUGGAAGAUCCCGAGAAUGGACGGGCGCUGAAAAGAGAGCUCGAGAGUCCCGGCUCAAGCUCCGAGAGAAACGUCGUAGAGAGCAGUUCCAGUGGAAGUGCAACACCGACGUCAGAGAAGAGGUCCAGUGCGGAACGACAGGGCGCCAAACGGCAACAUACAUCACUAAACCCGGAGGAAGGCAUCUCCGUGGGCGACGCCACAAACACGGUCUUUCCAAGUGAUGUGGAUGAGAAUGCAGUACUGGAGUUCGAGAACGCCGAGGGUGAAAGAGUGAAGCUAGAAGUGAUUGACAGCUCGAGUUCGGCGUCUGGUUCAGAGGACGAUGAGGAGGAGAACGGCAAGAGCGGCAGCAGCGGCGGCGGCAAAGAAAGUGUUCCGGCAGACCAGGAGUACGAAAAUGAUUCCUCGGACUAUGAGUCCGAGGGGAACGAGAGCGAUAUCAGCGAGUUUCAGUUCGAAGAGUCCACCUCUGCCGAAGAUGAGCUCGGGUUCGACUUGUACGAUCCAGACAUCGAGCUCCCGCCGCUUGGACAGAUCAAGGUGACGAAAAAGACGUGCUCUCAGGUACGGAAGUAUCUCAAAAGCGAAGGUCACGUUGCCUUUCUAGACCUGUUCCUCCCGUCUGGCCCCACUCCUGAAGACAUCAUCACGCUCACCAGGCUCCUGGGCUUCGAGCCAAAAAGGCUGAACAGAAUAUAUGCAUCGUCAUCAAACCCACUGCACUCGGCUAUUUUUUUCCUUCGAGAAGCCAUCAACCGAGUGCUGAAGUCGAGAACCCGUCUACAAGACUUUUACACUAUCCAGAACGUGUGCGAUGCCCUAAACAAAGCAGAAAACGUGCUUGUUUUAACGGGCGCCGGCAUCUCCACGUCUUUAGGAAUACCCGACUUCAGGUCGUCGCAAGGUUUUUAUUCGAAGAUGAAGAACUUGGGACUAGACGAUCCCCAGGAUGUCUUCAGUCUUGAACUGUUCAGAAGAGAUCCUUCUGUAUUCUACUCAAUAGCAUACAUGAUCCUACCACCGGAACAUUCAUUUACGCCUCUACAUGGUUUCAUCAAAUUGUUGCAGGACAAGGGGAAACUAUUAAGAAACUAUACCCAAAACAUCGAUAACCUCGAGGCCAACGCUGGAGUUACCCCAGAAAAGCUGGUACAAUGCCAUGGCUCCUUUGCAACUGCAAGUUGUGUCACCUGUAAGUACAAAAUACCUGGUGAGACUCUGUAUCCAAACCUAAGAUCCAAGAAGAUAGCUUAUUGUCCAUUUUGUGAAAAUGAAAGGAAAAACAUGCAAAGAAAGUUUGAAAAACUAGAAGACGAAGGCGGAUUUUCUUCGAGGUACAACGACAUCGAAUCUUUUGGGGUCAUGAAACCAGAUAUCACAUUUUUUGGCGAGAACUUGCCUGACAGAUAUCACAAUACAAUUAAAGAAGACGUCAGGAAAUGCGACUUGUUGAUUUGCAUCGGAACCUCCUUGAAAGUUGCACCAGUGAGCGAGAUAGUCAACAGGGUCCCCAACGAGGUACCUCAGAUCUUGAUAAACCGAGAUCCAAUAAAUCACUGUGAGUUUGACGUCGAACUGUUAGGAUAUUGUGACCAAGCGAUAACCUGGCUCUGUGGAGACAAGAUCGAAUGGGAAAUCAAACACAAGGACUUUGAGCAGAUUCUACACUCAGGUUUAGAGCUUCAGGUGUUGGACGAGGAGUUCGGAAGGUACAGAAUCACAGACGCUAACGAGCGUGUGCAACUCUCUCUCAAGAAACUCGAAGCAGCGAAAGCCGAGGCUAAGUUAAAAGAGGAAGAAUCUCUUCUAAUCCCAGACGACCAAAUUGACAUCAAAGCGGAGGUGUCAGAGGAAUCAGAGGUCGUCGCCUAGGAUGCUCCUCCUAGCCGCAUCCCCCAUCGUGACAGACAGGGGUAAAUAGAUCAGUAGUUGGGUUGAAUACUAAGCUUGUAUGAAAUAAUAAAAUUAUUCGCUCUUUCUAAUGUUUUGUGUUUACCGGCUCUCGGCGAGCUGUUCCGCAGUGAGCU